UAGUGCAGGUGUGAGAAAACUGGAAGAAAAGCAAUCUCAGAAAAAUGGUGAACAACAUCCCGCAUGGGCACAAUUUCAUACUUAAAUCUCUGUCCCGUUCCACCUGCUAGCCAGUGGCCCUGAGAGAGCGGGAGCAGGAUGAGAUGGACGGUCUUGCUGUGGGAGUACCUGUUGGUGGAGGUCACGGCGCUGGUGUGCAGGGCGGACGGUGAAGCGGAGCGGCGGCUGGACGGGUUCGUCGUGUUGUCGGGUUCAAACGGCUCCGAAGAGAGCGGUGUGUCCGAGAAGCCCCACACGCAGGACGAGUGUCGCGGCUACUACGAUGUGAUGGGUCAGUGGGACCCGCCGUUCGUGUGCCGCACGGGCACCUACCUGUACUGCUGCGGCACCUGUGGCUUCCGCUUCUGCUGCGCCUACAAGAGCUCGCGCCUGGACCAGAGCUUGUGCACAAACUACAACACACCAGUGUGGCUCAAAGGCCAAACACCGUACAAGAAGACGGACCCGAGGCACGAUCCGACCAAGGACAAGACCAACUUAAUCGUAUACGUCGUGUGUGGAGUUGUGGCCAUCAUGGCGCUCGUCGGGAUUUUUACCAAACUUGGAUUGGAAAAGGCGCAGAGACCUCACAGGGAAAACAUGACUCGAGCUGUAGCAAGUGUGAUGCAAGGUGCCUGUCAAGCUGAACAUGAAGAAGCCAUCGGAAGACAUGCACAGAACUAUGACAACAUGCAGGCGAGGGCAAACAAUAUGCAAGGAGCCCAAAUGCACAACAUGAGCCAGGCCCACCCCUACCCUGUCCUCAGCCAACUGGCCCAUGUGUAUGAGCAGCAGCAGCAGCAGCCUGGCAAAGAACUCAAUAAAUACGCCUCACUAAAGGCGGUUGCAUCAAAAGUCAACGGGGGCUUCUACAACAAGCAGCACUGUCACAUGACAGAGUUAGGAGCGAAAGGCAGCCUGCCCCUUCACACAAUGAGGAUGGAGCAUGUGGAGCCCACUGCCUCAUACGUCACUGAGAUCCCCAUCCCCAAGCAGAAUGAACAGAAACCUAAGCCCACCAAGCCCCAUGUGCCACAUCAUCAUAUGGCCUACAGCUCCAACACCAUAGCCAACCCAGGAAUGCUGAAGGCCUGGGAAGGCACAGAGACGGUGGGUCGGCGCAAGACCUAUGGUCCUAGGAAGCCCUACAUGGUGGGUCAGAUGAACGAGCUCCACACUGCCCGCAGUCACCACUACCUACCCACACAGCCGUACUUCAUAACCAACAGUAAGACAGAAGUGACUGUGUGAAGGAAUAACUUGUCUCCAAAGGGCUCGCUAGCCUUUGUGAGCAGGAGAAAUGGAUCAUUAUCCUGACUGUAACCUUCACUCUGCCCAUUGUGGAAUGGAGGCGUAACUGCAGACGUGAGCUGGUCACACCAUGAUCAGACACACAACCAGGCGGUCGGCAAGCAAUGACAACAGCUGAACCAGGAACAUUCCAUUGUUUUUGUGAAAUGUUCACUCUAAUUUAUAUCCAUGCCAAUGAUGAUAUGUUUGUGUUUAAUCAGUGAGAUAAUACGUAGUUUUAAUUCAAAUCAAUGAGAAAAGAGUCAAAGUACACAAGCAAUAAAAGCAAUCGAAUAAACUGACACGAAGAAUAAUUAGGAAUAAGUGUUUACUCCAGUAAUUAAGAGGAAAUAAGUGCAGUGCUGAACCCAAAGGUUCAAGGGCUAGUGUGGCAUGUUGAACACAGGGCCAGUAUUCUUCACAGUACCAGAGCUGAUGUACAUGAUGUCUAGCACAAUUAUCUUUCAUACACUAGUGAGACUAAGAUCAUAUUUCUUCUAUCUAGAAACAUUUAAUGGCAGAUGCCUUAUUUAAAAGACACCUUGGAAAGACGUAAACUCUAAUUCAACCGACUGAUAUUUUAGGGCUGUACCUUUUAUUUUCAUAUUAACAGUCCUCACUGUGUGUAGAUUAACUAACUCCCAGUUCAUUCAUUUUUCUUUGUAACAAGCCCCCAGAGAUGUAGGUCAUUCUCAAGAAAUGAGAUCAUCUCACAGACAGCCAGUUUUCUGCCAUAUUUGUUAUGGAGUACCAUGAGGUAGCAUGUGAACUGGAGACUGUAGAGUAAAAAGCACUGUUAACUAACAUGAUCGCUCUGCUACUAAUUCAAGAUUCAAGACAGUUUUAUUGUCAAUACGUCCAUACACAAGUAUACAGUUCAUUGAAAUACCAUUUCCCUCAGGCUCCCCAUGGUGCAUUUAUUGUGCAAAUUGUGCCUGAUGGCUCUUUAGCUUUGGAAACAAGUAUUUGUUCUCCCUUCAGUAUAAUUACAAUUAUUUCUUAUGUGUUGUCUUGUAUCCUCUUGAAGGAAUUAAAGCUUGUUGUACAAUAUUUCUUCAUGACAAUAGAUGUAUGUGCAGCUAAGUUGCAACCACUGGGUUUUAGCACUUUUAUUUCAGUAGUAAGUAGUUUGGGGGAAGCUUUUCCCCCCGCCCCACACAGGCCUUCUGGUGAAAUUGAUUUUUAAAGUAUAUAUAUUUAUACUCUUGCCAGUAUAUGUAUGCAAAUGAUA